CGCUGUUUAGUUUAAUUUUUAUUUUUGUGUCGAUAAAACAUCAUUUUUGGGUUCUCUCGCGCUGUAGGAGCAAAAAAAAUAUUGUAUAGAUAUAAAUAAAUUUAGAAGGAACCGAUCAUAAAUUUUCCAAAUUAAUAUUAGAAAAAAUGGGCAAAAGUAACACAAUAUCGAUUACUCUCGAUAACACAUCUGCGGUUUACUAUCCGUGUCAAGUUGUCAGCGGUGCUGUCGAUUUGAAAGUUUUUGAAACAAUUAAGAAGGCACGAGGCCUUCGAUUGACGGUGGAAGGUAAGAGUGUAUCAGAAUGGACGGAAUCAGUAGGUAAAACAACAAGAACAUUUCAAGGAGAACAAAAGCAUUUGGAUGUUGUUACAUAUUUGUUUGGUGAGAUAGACGGUGAUUCUGCUGAAGUUCCUGCCGGAAUUCACACUUAUAAAUUCAGCUGUAGAUUGCCUCCAAAUCUUCCAUAUUCAGUUGAUGGGGAACAUGGACAUAUUCGAUACAAAGUUGACGCAUGUCUAGAUAUUCCAUGGACAAUAUGCGAUUUACAUGCGAAGCUUCCAUUCACUGUUGCCCGCCGUGAAGAUCUCAACUUAUUUCCGGAAUUGAGAAUGGCACAAGAGGUCGAAGAGAUUAAAAAGUUUUGCUGGGGAAUUUGUGACAAAAAUCCAUUACAAAUUAAAAUACGCUUGCCAAAAUCUGGCUUUGCUUUGGGCGAAAAUGUGCACAUUACAAUAGAGUACAAUAAUAUGAGCAGUCAUUGUGUCGAUCGAACAGAAAUUGCCUUAUGGCGAAAAGAGAAGUUUGUGUGUAGUGAUCCUGUGAAGAAAGAUCGUGUAAAUAAAACUAAAAUAACUGAAACAACAGCAGAUGGAGUGAGCAAGAAUUCCGAGGCAAAAAUUUAUCACGUCCUACAAAUUCCGCAAAUCUUGACGAUCACAAAUCGUCUCUAUACUCAAGUAUUUCAAAUAUCAUAUGAACUGAAGAUUAAUGUCCUAACUGAUGGAUGCUCACCAUCGCCGUCCCUUAAAAUGCCAAUAACAAUUGGAAAUAUCCCGAUACGAGAUGUGCCUUCAAUAUCAAUUAAUCAGUAAUUAUUUGUGUCAAGAUAAAAGUCUACUCGAGUGCUCUAAAUUUUGUGUGCUUUUGCUACACAUCAUAAAAAGUAAUUAAUGAGAACAAUUAAAAGUGUUGAAAAGAAUUUGUGCAAAACUGCUAAAAGUCUAUCAUCAUCUUCAAACAUGUGUUCCUUAUUUACAACUCUUUUUUUUCCUAUUUUUCUCUCUUUUUUAUGUAAUAUUAAUGUUGUUUAUAAAGUAAUAAACUUCACUCAAUGUUGAAUGUGGA